UUUUUUUUUUCACCUUUCCUUUCCUUUUCCUUUCCUUUUCUUUCUCUCUUUCUUUCUUUUUUUACCUUUACCAUUUUAUUCAAACUGGAUCCAUCAGAAAGUCUUUAUGGUCCCGGCGGGGAAUACACUAUACCACCUUUGAAAUCGCAACGAGCCAAGCAUUGUAUUGAAUGCCAAGAGCCUUUCCACCUCUUUCGACAAAAAUACAAUUGUAAAAACUGUGGUAAGCAGUUUAUUCAACUUGAAUCGUACACUUUAUUUGAUAUACAUAUAUGGCUCAUCAAUUUUUUUUUUUCCUCUCUGUCUCUUCUUUUUCUCUUCUAGGUCACGUUGUUUGCUAUGAUUGUUCCAAACAUCGUCGUGCACUUCCAAAGUUUGCCUAUGACAACGCUGUACGAUGCUGUAAUACUUGUGAAGAUCAUAUCAGGAUGCAAGAAAUGAAUUCCAGUAUAUUGGCGUCUCAGUCUCUCAAACGGUUGAAACAGUACGUUCAGGAUUACGGUUUACCAGCACAACAUGUUCUCGAAAAGGGUGAUUUGGUUAAACUCAUUUUCAACACAAGGCCUCUUACUAACCGAAACGAAAUCCAUUAUCGACAACUGCGAGAUCAAGAAUACCGUCGACAAGUACAAAGUCACUCGGUAGCUCAGGAUGAGGAUGUUAUGGAUGACUUUUUUGAGGACAAUCCGCUUUCAACCAUGUAUAAUAAAUUCAGUGAUCUUUUUACUCCCAAUGACAACCAUCCUUCUCAGUCAUCUUCAUCUUCUUCUACUUCAAACCGUCGUCAACAGGCUCCAUCUCAGCGUCAGCACAAUCAACAACAGCAUACCCAUCGUCCAACCAAUUCUCCAAACACUUCUAGGUCACGACCGCCUUCAUCAUCAUCAUCUUAUCAGCAUUCACAGCGGCAAUAUCCUUCAUCAUACUCAGCACCUCAUCAUUAUAGAUCGUCCGCAGCUUCAUCUCAACAACAGCAUUCUCAACCGCAUUCAUCUCAUACCUUUAACAGUAGAUCGACAUCUGCGCCAUCGACUGGUUCAAGAUAUCCUAAUAAUCAUAUCCCAUCCAACCAACACCAGUAUAGAACGUAUCCAUCAUCAACGUCCUCACAACCGCCUCGUCCAUCAUCCUCAUCACCGCCACCAUCCUCAACCACAUCAACAUCAUCAUCAUCAGCAUCUGAUGUGACAUUGAAACAAUUAGUGGACUUAUCGAUGGAUCCUGCCAACCUGUCUGUCCGUACACUUAAACAAAUUCUACGAAAUAGCCAUGUAGAACAGAAUUUUGCCCUGGAAAAGAAAGAUCUUGUUUUACGCGUACAACAAUUAGUGGACGACGAAAAGAAAUUACAAGAUCGGCAACAACAAUAUGAUGAUGGCAAGGAAGAAGAUAAUCUUGUAUGUCGCAUCUGUUUUGAUGCUCAACAAAAUUGUGUGUUUUUGAAUUGUGGACAUAUGGUUGCUUGUAUUGAUUGUGGACUGAAGUUAGUGGAAACCAAGAACGAAUGUCCUAUAUGUCGUGAUGCUAUUGUUAGAGUGGUGCGUGUAUUUCGAUCUUGAUUUUUUUUUUUUAUUUUUUUAUUAUUUUUAUUAUUUUCCAUUCGUAUGUAGAUCAUUGUAUAUCCUUUCUUUAGCAUCAUGAUCCCUUCUUCCUACUCAU